AUGACAAGCACCAAAAACAAGCAGCUCUUUGACAUCGUCCUGCCUGCAGUUGAGAAGGCUGUGGGUAACCUCGAAAGUAUGUACGCCGUUGCGAGACCCGUGCAGCAAGCAGCUUCGCACUAUCCGGCUGGUCGCUUAGCUGCCCUCUUGGGACAGGCAGAGCACCUGACCAAGGCUGGCUUGUCCAAAGCGAUCCUGCCAGUCCAUGGUCAUGACAGAAGCUUUGACUUUGCGGGUGAGCAGAGCAUGCAGCUGCAAGAGAGCACGAUACAUGCUUCGAGUUUGCGCAACAGGCUGGCUGAUUUCGCAUGCUUAGCCCCAGUAGAAGAUCCGGGAAGUCCAGGCGAUCCAGGCGACUCAGGUCCAUCGGAGUUUCGCACUUUGCAACAACUGGCUGCCUGGCGGGAUAGCGUUAGUUGCAAGGAGACCCUCAGCCGAAAAGAAUCGAUGGAUAUUUUGCAGGUCCUGAUAAGGGCUGAACGAGCCAUUGCAGAAAUGCAGCGCUGGGAGGCUGCUUGCACUCGACGCUGGGAUGCGUUGUCACAGGAGGUGCGACAAGCCCGUGACAAGAUAAAGACCAUUCGGGCUAGAGCGCAGAAGCUGAAGGAACGGCAAAGUGAGGUUGACUUGGCGGCAGGCCAUCGGCGGGAGGAGCUGUGGACAAAGCUGCUUGAGGCAACCGGACCCGGUGAGGGGGACAUUGCAACAACGGCUGCAGCUGUCCAUAAACAGUUGUGCGAAAGCGACAAACAGCGGCGCCAGCUCAGAGACCGCAUCUCUGCAGACAGUGAGAAGCUUCACCGCGUUGGGUCAAAGAGGAGACAGGCUCAAGAUACCGUGGACCUGCUGUCGCAGCUUGCACGUAAAGAUCAAAAUGGUGACGCUGGUGAGAGGCACUCUGCAGACGACAUCGUGGAUGCAGAGCUUUCUUUGGAAGCCCUUAUUUGGAAACAAAUCCGGGAAGAGCGAGCAAGGUUUGCAGUCCCAGGUCCGCCUCAAGCUCCUCGCUUAGCCUUACCGGACUUACCAGAGGAAACACAGGCGAGUGAGAGCCCAAGCUUCGCUCCAGUGCCUGGCCCUCCCAGCCCGAAGCCGGAUGACCUGGACAAUCCCCUAGUGAGUCCCCUGGUCCCCAGUGGCCCCAGCUUUAGCAGUUUGCCCAGUGUUCCGAAGGAUGCAGAGGACACGGCCCUGCAUGUGGAGUUGAAGCAGACGCCAGCAGCUGUACCCCCCAAAGUUGCCAAUUUGAUUGAAAGGCUCUCCAUGUCGCGGGAUGCACGUCGACAAGCCGAGCGGGCGCACCGCUCAAAAGCUCUCGAUGCACCAGGGAGGCCAGCAGAGCCACGAGUGCAGACGGAAAGACUUGCCGCUUGUGCCGGUGGGCCCGACAGCUUGGGGCCCACGUUUGCAGACGAUCCAGUCCCUUUGCCAGAGCCAGGCAGGCGAGAGGUUCAGGGAGCAUCCCAACAGCCGCCCCCCUGGCAGCCCCCUGCACCGCCAGCGCCAGCAAGCUGCAUGGCUUCACCCGACAUGCUUUGGGGGGAGUUGCCCUCAGCGCCUUUGGAGCUGGGGCAAAAUGCCUUGGGGCAAAAGGCCCUUCCUCAACGCACGUCGUCGAAAAGAAAUUCUGCUUCUGAGCUCGCACCCCCACCUGCAGCAGGCAUGCCUGUUGUGCGAAGGGUGACACUCGAACUGGAUGACUGA